CCGAGCGGGCGUGGGGAGCAGCGGUCGGUGUGGCCCGGCUGUGCAGGCGAGCCACUCCCGCAGAUAUCUGUCAGACCCGCGUGUGACUCCUGUAGAAAGGGGCUUGACAGAAUGCUGAUGGCUACCUUGAAGUUUCAAAUGCAUUUCAUCAGGCGGACAUGGAAGCCCACACCCGUCAUCUCAGUACUUGAGAGGCUCUGUCAUGUGGUGACUCCACACACCUGUAAGAAACAACCUCUGCAUCAAUAUGUACGGAGACCACUUUUCCCACUGCGUGCACCCUUGUGUAACACAGUACGAUUCAUGUUUAUUCAAACACAAGACACCCCAAAUCCCAACAGCUUAAAGUUUAUACCAGGAAAGCCGGUUCUUGAGACGAGGACCAUGGAUUUCCCCACACCAGCUGCGGCUUUCCGUUCCCCUCUGGCCAGGCAGUUAUUCAGGAUUGAAGGUGUGAAAAGUGUCUUCUUUGGACCAGAUUUCAUCACAGUGACAAAGGAGAAUGAAGAAUUAGACUGGAAUUUACUGAAGCCAGACAUUUAUGCAACAAUUAUGGACUUCUUUGCAUCUGGCUUACCCCUAGUGACCGAGGAGACGCCUCCGGGAGAAGCAGGUUCUGAGGAAGAUGACGAAGUCGUGGCAAUGAUUAAAGAACUGUUAGAUACUAGAAUACGGCCAACUGUGCAGGAAGAUGGGGGUGACGUGAUCUACAGAGGCUUCGAGGAUGGCAUCGUGCGGCUGAAGCUCCAGGGCUCCUGCACCAGCUGCCCCAGCUCCAUCAUCACCCUGAAGAGUGGGAUUCAGAACAUGCUGCAGUUUUAUAUUCCAGAAGUGGAAGGUGUGGAGCAGGUGAUGGAUGAUGAUGAAUCAGAUGAAAAAGAAGCAAAUUCACCUUAAAUAAUCUUACAUUUUCUUUGGCCACAACCAUUGGACUUAUCUUUACUGAGCCUGUAAUUAGUUUCUGCUAUGGAAGUUUAUUAAUAAAAGGUUUCCUGCCUCCAGAA